AUGGUAACCAGCGACGGCAUACCUAACAUGCGUUGUGACGGCGAUAAAAUUGUUCCCAACAGUAUUGCGUUAUUGGAUAGCAAACCGGAAGUGUUUGAUGGAAAAAAGCAAAAGUUCAGAGAAUCAUGCCACAAACUAGCAGAGCCAUAUUUGAUACGAAUGAAUCAAAUGUCCGAUGAAUUGGAGAAAAAUGGCGCAGUACUCCGCCAGAUUGGGGAUACCGAAGCGAGAGCAACGAAGAUCGUCGAUGAAGGCGGUCCUGAAGCAGAACGCGUGCUAGGCAUGCAAUGGAGAGCAACCGAGGAUGUCUUCGUGUUCUCCAGCGAUACCGACUUGGGAGCCGUCACCCCUACAAAGCGAGGCAUCUUACGGUGCGUUAUGAGUCAGUUUGAUCCGUUGGGGCUUCUUUCCCACUUCCUCAUCCAUGGCCGCGUUAUCAUUCAAGAUAUAUGGCGUACAAAAGCUGGUUGGGACGACGUGGUAGACGAGUUAAUCAUUGAACGAUGGCAUUUGUGGGUAGCCAAAUUCAACGACCUGAAAGCUGUUCGUAUACCUCGUGCCUAUUUUCCGGGCGUAACGGCAUCGGAAAUCGAGGACUUGUACUUGCAUAUAUUUGUCGACGGCAGCGAGACUGCCUAUGCUUGUGUCGCCUACUUGAGGGCCACCAUCCAUGGAAAGUUCCAGUGUGCACUUGUCGGAGGAAAAGCGAAAGUAGCACCUUUGAAAACGUUAUCCAUCCCGAGGCUGGAGCUGCACGCGGCGUUAAUAGGCUGUAGGUUGAUGAAAACGUUAUGUAACAGUCACAGUCUCCCAAUAUCGCGACGAGUGAUUUGGACCGAUUCAAAAACCGUCCUUUCGUGGAUCCAUUCUGAUCAUCGUCGCUAUCGACAGUUUGUCGCCUGUCGGAUAGGAGAAAUCAUCUCCAAGACAAACCUUGAGGAGUGGCGGUACGUUCCAUCGAAAAUCAACGUCGCGGAUGAUGGAACCAAGUGGGCUAGUGGACCAAACCUGAAACCCGACAGCCGUUGGUUCAAAGGACCGGAGUUUCUAUGGGCAUCAGAGGAGGCUUGGCCACAACAAGUAAAACCAGAGGAAACCGAAACCGAAGCUCGACCAUGUCACAUCCAUAUAGCAGUGCAACAUGACGAAAUCAUUAACUGGGAACGCUUUUCGAAGUUCGAGAGGCUACAAAGAGCAGUUGCAUACAUCCACCGCUUCACAGACAACUGUAGACGCAAGGCAGCAAAACAACCACUGCAAUCCUCGCACAUUACCCAGGAAGAAAUCUAUAGAGCUGAAAAUACUCUAUGGCGAUCGGCGCAGCUAGCUGAGUUUCCGGAAGAGAUGGUUCGACUCCAGAUGACAAAAGAUGGACGAAAAUCGAAACUCAACCAAGGUAGCCGUCUUUACAAGCUAUCACCGUUCAUCGACGAAUGGGGAGUAGCGCGAAUGGACACUCGAAUCGCUGGGGCAAUCUUCGUUUCGCACGAUACUAGAUUCCCAAUCAUCCUCCCGAAAGGUCAUCGCCUCACCAACCUGGUCGUAGAGUGGUAUCACCGACAUUAUCUGCAUGUGAACAAUGAAACCGUUAUCAACGAGGUCCGCCAACGAUUUCACGUUCCUCGUCUCCGAGCACUAGUCAGGAAACUUUCCAGAACCUGUAUGCAGUGCAGAGUGUCAAAGGCAAAACCGCUGUGCCCACGUGAAGCACCACUUCCUGAUGCGAGACUCAGUCCAUAUACUCGACCGUUCAGCUAUGUUGGACUGGACUACUUCGGUCCCAUUCAAGCCAAGGUCGGACGUUUUCUGGCCAAACGAUGGGUGGCCCUGUUCACGUGCCUCACCAUUCGGGCCGUCCAUCUGGAGGUGGUACACUCCCUUUCCACCGAAGCCUGUAAGAUGGCGAUACGACGAUUCGUAGUGCGGCGUGGAUCACCCUUGGAGAUUAGAAGUGAUAACGGCACCAACUUCCUCGGAGCCAACCGUGAGCUACAGCAUUAG